CUCAUCAUGCCAAUAACUUCCGCUCUCCGCCUUUCUGCUCACAUUCUCUGACACACACAAGGUCUGUGUUGCGCGUUUGUAUUAUUGAUAGUUUUCUUUGUGUUCAAAACUCUUAGAAAUGGCAGAAACUGCUCCAGCACCAGCCGCUCCUGCUCCGGCUAAAGCUCCCAAGAAGAAGACCGCGGCCAAGCCCAAGAAAUCGGGUCCCAGCGUGUCGGAGCUGAUCGUCAAGGCUGUGUCUGCCUCCAAGGAGCGCAGCGGGCUGUCCGUGGCGGCGCUCAAGAAGAUCCUGCAGGCCGGCGGCUACGAUGUGGAGAAGAACAACUCCCUCGUCAAUAGAGCCCUCAAGAGCCUGGUGACCAAGGAGACCCUGCUACAGACCAAGGGCACCGGCGCCUCGGGCUCCGUCAAGCUCAAUAAACAGGCGGCUGAAGCCAAGGAGAAGGCGGCCAAGAAGAAGGCAGCUCCCAAGAAACCAGCGGCAAAGAAAACGGUUGUCAAGAAAACAACGAAAAAGGUUUCGGCAAAGAAACCAGCGACACCCAAGAAGACUCCCACGAAAGCGAAGAAACCGAAAGUUGUAAAGAAGGCUCCCAAGAGCCCGAAGAAAGCGGCUGCCAAGCCUAAAAAGGUCGUAAAGAAGAGCCCGAAGAAAGCGAAGGCAGCGCCUAAACCUAAAAGGGUGACCAAGGCAGCUAAACCCGCAGCGAAGAAGGCAGCUCCUAAAAAGAAGUGAGCAGCUAAAGCGACGAUGUAACAAUGAACCCAAAGGCUCUUUUCAGAGCCAACACAUCUUUCUAAAGAGAGCAGAUUUUCCUUAUAUACAUAAUAAACGUGACACUCCUGUGAUGUUUUAGCACACGGCUUAAUAGUGUAAUAUUAGAGUAAACCAUUCGCUACCUGAUUAAGUAUAAGCGCUGUUAAAUUGUUCUGAAUUUUAACGUUGUUAGCUUUAUAUCUGAUAUCAAAUCCUUGGUUUUGUCUAAGUGGCCUCUCUUUUCCUGUAAAUAUCAAUCAACCAUUAUUUUUGAUAGUUCUAAGACUAUAAUGUUGGUACGAAAAAGCGUAAAAUACUGUCAUUGUAAUAUAUUGGGAGCAUGUUCCAAUUGCAAAAUGUAAAAACAAUACAGAACAUCUAACGCAUACAGUACAUUAAAUCAACUGACGGACCCGCCUGGUCUCUCUUUCCACGCACUUAACCCUGAUAUCUGCUAUUAGCUGCUACUAUUUCAUGUAUGUUACUAUCAUGCAUUAUGCACUUUCCACUCUACUUAAUGUAC